CGCCUCACAAGCUUGUUGGCUGAACAAGAUGGCUACGUAUGGUGACGAGUCAGUCGACAGCUAUUUCUAUUCCUCAUACAACCCGUACGCCAGCAGGUACCACAAGCCCCGAGAUGUGGGUUGGAAAUACAAUAAGUACAUUUCCCAGCACGCGGACAUCGAAGCGUUCAACAACACUCAGCGCGCGCACCUCAGGUCCAUCUUAUCACAAAUCAACCCGAAGCUCACCCCGCGCCUCAGGAAGGCCAACACUAAAGAUGUGGCCAUCCAGGUGAACCCCAAGACCGACGCCUCGGUGCAGUGCGCAAUUGGGCCCCGGACCCUGCUGUCCAUUAAAGGUCAAGGUUCACCGGGCAGUCCGAAAGGCGCAGGCGGCGUGCGAUACCCUCGAACUCUCGCCGUCUACUCGCCUAUCGCGUACAGAUCUAUUACAUCGUUUCUCUCCGAUGACGACAAGGGCACCUCUUGUGACGUGGCGAGUGGAGAACCACUUCUGGAGGGUGAGGCGACGAAGAAUGAGAAUCAGAACAUCAGCGCGGAGACGGAUGAGGAGAAGACCGCUGCCCAGCGCAAAAACAUUAAGUCAAAGCAGCCGCUUAAACCCGAUGCGUCCAAAUCCGUCAAGGAAAGUUCCAAACUCAAAGCCCGCGUGAGAUUUCAGUUUCUGGAACAGAAGUACGGAUAUUAUCACUGCAGAGCUUGUAAUCUACGGUGGGAGAGCGCGUACGUCUGGUGCGUCCAGGGCACAAAUAAGGUUUAUUUCAAACAGUUUUGCAGAAAAUGCCAAAAGGAAUUCAACCCGUACCGAGUUGAAGACAUAACAUGCCAUAUCUGCAACAAGGCACGAUGUUCGUGUGCGUUGACUCUGCGCCAUGUCGAUCCCAAACGACCCCACAGGCAGGAUCUGUGCGGCAGGUGCAAGGGCAAACGGCUGUCCUGCGACAGCACCUUCAGCUUCAAGUACAUCAUCUAGAACUCCUAUUGCCAACAAAGUCUGCCUCGGAUAUGUGGUGACAUUUUCUUAAUUUCAUGUCAGAGUUUUGUUUUGGUUCAGGUCUUGAUGCUGUGCGCUGAAUGUUUUGAAAUAAACUACAUGGCACAUUA